AUGCAAUUGAAUGCUCUCCUUCCACUCCUUCAACACCAAAUCCAUCUCCAACAGCAACAAUCCCUUUUCCCGUCCAUUUCCACCACUCAAUCGAACUCGACGAUUGAGGCGCUGAAUCUGCAAUUGCUGCAAAAUCAAAUGAUCUCCGUUCUCCGUCAACUCUGCGACGAUGACGACGGAGAAUUGCUGAAAAAUGCAAAAGCGCAAAGCGAAGAAGCGAUUAAUCGAUCGAGGAUCACGGAUUCCAUCAAUCUGACUCAGAUCCACCAACAUCCGUCAAGAUUGGGAAUCAAGGAAGAGCCGGUUCUAUUCAACGAGGAGCGCAAACCAUUGAGAAAAAUCAUCAAAGAGGAGGAUUUACCGGAAACGGUUGGACCCGAUAGCCCACUGAGACAUCACCCGAAAUAUUUUAAUCAAAACCGCUUGAAAUGUCCGGAAGAGGAGCUGCUGCGGGGAUUCGAAACGAUUACAACACUUUUCAUGAUGAAUGGAUAUCUUCCGGAUGAGAUGAGAGAACAGUUCAAUCAAAGAAAGAUCAAAGCCUUGUCUGCUCCCGCUUCACCCACCCCAAUCAGCACAAAUCGGACGGUAAAACCAGAACCAGAGUGCCCGAUUGAAGACUUCAUGGAACAGGUCAUUUCACGGGAACUUGUCACUUGUGAA